AUGGAGUUCGGCUUCCGCGCCGGCGAGCGCAGGCCGCGCCGCCCUUGCCCCGGCCCCGACCGACGCUUCACACCACCGCAAGCCGGGCCCUUCCAUGGCGAGCCGCCGCCGCCCUCGCCGUUCGAGUGGGAGGCCGCGGCGCGGCGCGAGCGGAUCAUCCGCGAGGAGGUGGAGCGGCGGCUCAUCGAGGAGGAGGUCCGCCGCGAGCUCGCCCUUGCGCGCGCCCGCUUCCACGGCGGUUUCGGCGCCGUCCCGUUCGUCGGGCCCGACGAACCCACCAUCGUGCCGCCACCACCCCCAGGUCUGUUCUACAUGCCCGACGGCCCAUUCACGCCGCCAAUGCCGCUGCCCUUGACGCCGGUGGCAGUGGGCAUGCAUCCGAACCGGCCGCCACCGGCUUUGUUCGGGUCGUGGGACUGGGAGGGGUUUGGCCCUCGCCGGCUCGCGGGAUUUGGGCAACCGACGCACCCCAAUGAGACGAGAACGGGGGCCCUGCCGCCGCCGAAGCCGAGGCAUCAGCUCCAACUGCGGGAGAUCGCGCCCAGCGAGAGCUCUGAGGUUCUUUCAUCAGAAACGAAGGCUUCUGGUGUGAAGAGGAAGGCAGAUGCGAGUUCUGCAACUACUAAACUAACAAAACUACAAAAUGCGAGUUCUGCAACUACUGAACCAACAAAACAACAAACUGUUGUCAGGGACUGGAGCUGUGCACUCUGUCUAGUGAGCGCAACCAGUGAGGCUGGUCUGAAUCAACAUCUUGAAGGGAAAAAGCACAAGGCAAAGCUGGUUCAAUGUGGAGCUAUCAAGGUGAUCAACGCUAAUAAAAGUGGCUUGCAAGUGACCACUGGGAACAACAAUGGUGCAGGCCCAAGUGAUGCACCUAAGAAAAUCCACAUCCUGGUCGAUGGAGAAAUGCAUCAGGUUGUUCAAAAAAGCAACUGUGUGUGGUGUGAGCGCUGCAGGGUCAGUUGUACCAACGCCGCUGCCAUGGCUGACCAUCUGCGGGGCAAGAAGCACAGUUUAUUGAAUAAAGUUUGGACGUCCAUAAAAGCUGCGAGAAUGAACAAGGAAGUUAAGGAAGAUUCAGUUGCUACAUGUGAGAGGAAGGUAAAUGAAGACGGCCCUGCUGGAAUUCCAGAGGAACUCAAGGAGGAAGACACAUAUAUGACCAGUGAAUUUAGUGGAGAUGGUUCUUUCGAGAUUCCUAUGGAAAUCAAGGAAGCCACGAACAUGUCCGAAGAAGUAGACACAAAUAGUCGCAAUGUAAUUCCUGUGGAAAUCAAGAAGGAAGACUCUGACACUGCUAGCAAAGUUAACGGAAAUUGUGCUGGGGAAACCAAGCAGGAAGGCACUGACGUGGAUGUGGUCAUGGAUGUAAAUAAGAACUUUCUGUUGAAAGCCCAUCAGAAAUCAAGAAAUAAGGCAAAUAAGAUUUUUCUGUCGAAAGUCCAUCAAAAAUCAAGAAAGAAGACAAACAAGAAAUUUCUGUUUAAAGUGCAUCAGAAAUCAAGAAAGAAGGCAAAUAAGAAUUUUCUGUUGAAAGUGCAUCAGAAACCAAGACCAAAGAAAUGGCUCGGGAUUCGGGAAGUAAAUGAAAUUAGCUCUAUUGAAAUUCCAGCUGAGGAAAGACAUAAUGACGAAACCACAGAUGCAGCCACUGAUUUGGGAGAACCUGCGCGGGAGGAGGAAUAA